AUGGCGUGGCCGUGCAUCACGCGGGCCUGCUGCAUUGCCCGCUUCUGGAACCAGCUGGACAAGGCGGACAUCGCCGUGCCGCUGGUUUUCACCAAGUACUCGGAGGCCACCGAGGCCCCGAGCGCCCCGCCGCAGCCGCCGCCGCCCCAGCAGCAGCAGGCGCAGCCGGCGCACGCGCCCCCCUCGGCUAGGGCGGUCGCCAUAGAGACGCAGCCGGCCCAGGGCGAGUUGGAUGCAGUUGCCCGGGCAACGGGGCCGGCGCCCGGGCCUAGCGGGGAACGCGAGGCGGCGGCUGCGGCCGGCCGGAGCGGGCCCGGCGCCGUCCCGAGCUCCGGAUCCACCUCCAGCGCAGGCCCCGCGGACUCGGUGAUGCGUCAGGACUACCGCGCCUGGAAGGUGCAGCGGCCAGAGCCGAGCUGCCGGCCGCGCAGCGAGUACCAGCCUUCCGACGCGCCCUUCGAGCGCGAGACCCAGUACCAGAAGGACUUCCGCGCCUGGCCGCUGCCGCGCCGCGGGGACCACCCGUGGAUCCCCAAGCCCGUGCAAAUCCCCGCGUCCUCCCAGGCUUCGGUGCCGAUUCUCGGGGCCUCCAAGCGCCGGCCUCAGAGCCAGGAGCGCUGGCCCGCGCAGGCCGCCGCGGAGGCCCCAGAGCAGGAGGCGACCCCUGGCGGAGCAGGUGGCCCCGCCGCCGGAAAGCCCUCAGGGGCAGACGAGCGCGACACGCGCAGGAAGCCUGGGCCCGCCUGGAUGCUGCGUCGCGCCGAGGGGCAGGCGCCGGAGCAGGCGCCGCUGCCCGCCGCCCAGGCCCCGGUCCAGGCCGCGGGCCUGGAGGCUGGCAAGGGACGGGCAGCGGUGGACGCCCUCAACAGGCAAAUCCGCGAGGAGGUGGCGAGCGCGGCGGGCAGCUCCUACAGAAAUGAAUUCAGAGCAUGGACGGAUAUCAAGCCUGUGAAACCGAUAAAAGCCAGGCCCCAGUACAAGCCUCCAGAUGAUAAGAUGGCUCACGAGACCAGCUACAGUGCCCAGUUCAAAGGGGAGGCCAACAAGCCCACACCAGCGGACAAUAAGGUCAUUGAUCGCAGAAGAAUACGCAGCCUCUACAGUGAACCUUUCAAGGAACCCCCAAAGGUGGAGAAACCUAGCGUUCAGAGUUCCAAACCAAAAAAGACCUCAGCGAGCCAUAAGCCCCCGAGGAAGGCCAAAGACAAGCAGGUGGUGUCGGGCCGGGCCUCCAAGAAAAAGAGCCCGGAGGGCCCCACUGCCGCCCAACCCGAAGACAAGGAGCAAAGUAAAGAGAUGAACAAUAAACUGGCUGAGGCUAAAGAGAGCCAGGUUGAACUCGCCAGUGAUUCACGUAAGAAUCGAGGUCCUAUAGUCACAGAGCCAGACAAGGAUCAAAGUCCUGCGGGCCCAGGGCCUCUGAAAGAUCAAGGUCCUGUGAUCCAAGAGCGUCCGAAGGAUCAAGGCCCCACGGCCCCAGAGCCUCUGAAGGAUCAAGCUCCUGUGGUCUUGGCACCUCUGAAGGAUGUGGGUCCCAUGGUCCCCACACCAGUUAAGGAUCAAGAUCACGUGGCCCCCGAGCCUUUAAAGAACGAAGGUUCUGUGAUCUCAGAGCCAGUGAAGGACCAAGGUUCCUUGGUCCCCAUGCCUCCAAAGAAUCAAAGUCCUAUGGUUCCAGGAACAGUUAAGGAGCAAAGUCCCAUGGUACUGGCACCUGUCAAGGAGCAAAGCUCCGUGGUCCCUGAGCCUGUGGCUCAAGGUCCCACGGUCCCAGUACCUAUCAAGGAUCAAGGUCCUACCGUUUCAGAUCAGCUGAACGGUCAAAGCGCUACAGUCAGAGCACCUGUAAAGAAUGAAGGUCCCAUGCCCUCUGAGCCUGUGAAGAACCAAGCUCUAGUGUUGCCAGAGCCAGUCAAGGAUCAAGGCGGAGCAGUCCCAGAGCUUCUGAAGGAUCUCGAGCCUGUGGUUGCAGGACAGACAAAGAAUCAAGGUCCUGUGGUCCCAGCACCAGUCAAGGAUCAAGGCCCCGUGGUCCCAGAGCCUCCAAAGAAUCAAGGUCCUGGGGUCCCUGAGCCUGUGAAGAGUCAAGUUCCUAUAAUUCCGGUGCCUCUGAAAGACCAAGACCUUCUGGUGCCACCACCAGCCAAAGACCAAGGUCCUGUGGUCCCCGAGCCUCUGAAGACUCAAGGUCCCAGGGGCCCCCAGCUGCCCACUGUCUCACCUCCACCCCCAGUCAUGAUCCCAACCGUCCCCCACGCGGAAUAUAUUGAGAGUUCCCCUUGACAUGCCAAGGAAGGAGCUGGCCGUGGAAGUGCUCCCUCCCAGGGGCGGCGAAGACACAUAUUUAAUCUGCAUGAAACAUGUAUCGUAUAGUCUUGCUGGAAUCUAAUAAAACUUCUCC